CAAAAACAAAAACGAAUACAAUUUCCAAAAGCAAAAACAAAAGAAAGACUUCCGUAACAACUUCGUUGCUCGCUCCUCCUCUCUGCAACAAUGGCUGUGAAUUCAUCGACUCGUUGCGCGCUUCCGCUGCACCGGACUCUUCCUUCCCGGUCGCCUCUCGCUUUCUUUAAUCGGACCUCGUCGAGACCCGGAAUUUUCACCGAGACUCCGAGCCCGAGGCUCAUGUCGGUUCGUUCCCACAAGCCUGGUCCGGACGGGUUCGGGUCCAGGAAAUCGGUGAGUUUGGAGGAGUCCGAAGCUUGGAUCGGAUCGUCGGGUUCGCACUCGUCGUCGUCUUCUUCUGCAAUUGAUUUUCUGACGUUGUGCCAUCGCCUUAAGACCACAAAAAGGAAAGGAUGGAUCAAUCAUGGGAUAAAGGGUCCCGAGUCAAUUGCUGACCAUAUGUACCGCAUGGCUUUGAUGGGUUUAAUUGCUGGCGACCUUCCCGGUGUGAAUAGAGAAAGGUGUAUUAAGAUAGCAAUCGUGCAUGAUAUGGCAGAAGCUAUUGUUGGAGACAUAACACCAUCUGAUGGUGUGCCUAAAGAAGAAAAGAGCAGAAGAGAGCAGGCAGCUUUAAAUGAAAUGUGCAAAGUUCUUGGUGGGGGGAUGAGAGCUGAAGAGAUCCAAGAACUUUGGCAGGAAUAUGAAAAUAAUUCUUCUUUAGAGGCUAAUCUUGUGAAGGAUUUUGACAAAGUUGAAAUGAUACUACAAGCAUUAGAGUAUGAAGCAGAACAUGGGAAGGUUCUGGAUGAGUUUUUCCUUUCGACAGCAGGAAAGUUUCAGACUGAGAUAGGAAAGAGUUGGGCAGCUGAGAUCAACUCGAGAAGACAUUCAAGGUUGGAAAACGGGCAUAAUUGAUCCUGAUUUAGUUACAGAAACCAACCUUCUUUGAAUUGUAUGGACUGCACUGUGACCCAGAAACAUCCUUCUUGUUCACCAUAGAACCUUCUUGAAUGUUCUUGAAUGUGGGAGGAUACUAGUUAUGUUACAGGACCAACCAAAAACAAAAAUUCAACAUUGACAACUUAACAACCAAAACUGUCACGUAGUGUAUUGUAUCCUGGGUGCUAGCUUCUUGUCAAGCAUUGUCGUCAAUUUUUGUUUCUUAUGUUAAAAGAAUACGUUUUAGUAUUCAAUAAGAGAAGAGAUAGUAGUGUUAUGCUGCC